AGGAUAUUCAUGUUAGCAGCUAAGAAGAGGUGGUAAAUAAGCAGUAUUAGAAUGAGAGGGGGGAUGGACACCCUGCAAGAGCCUGCUAAUAAUAAUAAUACCAGCAAAGAAAAUCCUUCUCUCCUCUCUAAUGGCGGCACCAAUCCUAAGCAGGAGUCGCCGAGAAGUCUGGCUACGGCGGUGGUGGCGGCGAGCGACAGGCUGAAGAGAGACGAGUGGAGCGAAGGGGCGGUGUCGAGCCUGCUGGAAGCUUACGAGGCGAAAUGGGUGCUUCGGAACCGAGCCAAGCUGAAGGGGCAGGAUUGGGAGGACGUGGCGCGGCACGUGUCGGCGCGUGGGAACUCGACGAAAUCGGCAAAGACGCAGACGCAGUGCAAGAACAAGAUCGAGUCGAUGAAGAAGCGGUACCGGUCGGAAUCCGCCACCGCCGCCGACGCCUCGUCGUGGCCGCUCUAUUCUCGCCUCGAUCUCCUCCUCCGCGGGAAUAAUGCUCCCUCUCAUCAGCCUCCGCCGGCUCUUCUUCCCCCGCCACCGCCUCCUCCUCCGCCUCCGCCGCCGCAGCCGACUUCCAGAGUCGCUAACGCGCAGUUUAUUAUGGCGCCGGAGCCGCCGCUCCUUACACCGCCUCCUCCUCCGCCAGCUCCUCCGCCGUCCCUGGUUGUCCCUUUAGGAAAUGCCGGCCAUCAUUCCCACGGUUCCGACGGUUAUAUUCGUGGAGCAAAGGAGGACGUUAUGCAAGAGAAGUUAUCGGAAAACAUGGCGUCGGAGAAGAACAUGGCGACGGACACGGACAGCAUCAGCACGCCGGCGCUGUACAGGAACGAGAAGGAGGAGGCGAAAGAAGCGGCGGCGGCGGCGAACAAGCUGAGAUCAUCCACGGAGAGAAUGAAGAACAAGAGGCGAAAACGGAGCCUCGGCGGCGGCGGAGGCGGGAGGGACCGCAAUUGGGAGGUGGCGGAGAGCAUACGGCUGCUGGCGGAGGUGGUGGCGCGUACGGAGGAAGCGCGGACGGAGGCGAUGAGAGAAGUGGAGAGAAUGAGGGCUGAGGCGGAGCUGAAGAGGGGAGAAAUGGAGCUGAAGAGGACGGAGAUCAUCGCCAACACUCAGCUGGAGAUCGCAAAGCUUUUUGCCAGCUGCCUUGCCAGUAACAACAACAACAACACCAAUAAUAAUAAGGGAGUCGUCGAUCCUUCGCUCAGAAUUGGAAGAAGCUGAUGAGCUGAUAGAAAAAGACUUUAGUUUGAUUUUCUUUUUUUUUUUUAGGCAAAAAAAUAACAUGGAUUCUUGGUCUUUUUGAUCAUAUAAAUGGCCCAUCAUUAUCAACCAAUUAUGAUAUUUGUAAGCUAAACAUCAAUUUGGAAACAUAUAUAUAUUUCUUUUCAUGGUAUUGAUGAUUAAUAUAAUAACCUAAUUAUAUUUUCA